AUGUCACUUGUUGGGCUCAAAAACGCCGUGGUCUCCGCCACGAGAAGAGACAGCAAGGACUCGUCCGAGAUCGACCACUUGCUCCAGCAAAACGCCACUUAUGGGUCGGACGACCGCGGCGCCGACAUCGCCCGCGAAGAGGCGAUCCUCGCCGCCAAACAGAACCUGGACGACGACGACGACCAAGACAACGGGUUUUUCAGCCACUUUGACCCCCGGGUGAUGUCGGACAUCAUCAUCGGGCUUUCCGACGGGUUGACGGUGCCGUUUGCCCUCACCGCCGGGCUUUCAUCUUUGGGCGAUACGAAACUUGUCAUCACCGGUGGUCUCGCCGAGUUGGUUUCAGGCGCCAUCCUGAUGGGGUUGGGGGGUUUCUUGGCCGCGCGCUCAGAACUGGAGUACUACCACGCCCUGGUGAAAAAGGAGAAGAUGGAGUUCUUCAAGAAACCAGAAUUGGUCAACCAGGAGGCCGCCGAGAUCAUGCUUGACUUGGGGGCGCUGGACGAGACGGUGCUGCUGUUUUUGAAGGAUUUGGACCAGCAACCAAAGAACUUGAUUGAUUUCGUGAUUCGCUUUGGUAAAGGGUUAGAAGAACCCGCCGAUGGCCGUCAGUUUACGUCGGCGUUAACUAUUGGGCUCGCCUACUUUUUAGGUGGGUUUGUGCCCUUGGUCCCUUACUUCUUCUGUCAUCAUGUUGGCACAGGGCUCAUGGUAUCAGUGAUCGUCAUGUUAAUCACAUUAUUCAUUUUCGGGUACGUGAAGACAGUAGUGUCUUUAGGUCCCGACUGCGGCUCCUGGAAACGAGUGCUGGAAGGGUUACAGAUGGUGGCCAUCGGCUCGGUAGCCGCGGGCAGUGCCUGGACGUUGGUGUACCUCAUCGACAAGUAA